GCUUUGUAGUUUCUGCUCCCACUGAUCAUCAUCAUUGUUCGUUCACCUCACAAUCACAAAUUGACCUUUCCCCUCACGACAUAUUUUCUUGAUUUUUCCAUCUUGCAAGAACCUCUCUCCUCUCCUCUCCCUACCUGGUGUUCAUAUUUCGGCCUCUGCCCCUCUGGGUAUGGCGGAAUCGGUUGAACUGCCGGGUCGUCUCGCGAUUCUUCCUUUCCGGAACAAAGUCUUGUUGCCUGGUGCAAUUAUUCGAAUUCGAUGCACUUCGCCCAGCAGUGUGAAGCUGGUGGAGCAAGAGCUAUGGCAGAGGGAGGAGAAAGGGCUAAUUGGUAUCCUGCCGGUUAGAGAUGCUGCGGCGGAGACUCCGACCGCCGGUUUCAGCGCCACGGCGCCUCCAGGCGUGGAAAUUAGCACAGGAGAACGAGGCUCGAAACCUCAAGAGGAAGCAUCAGAUCCCCCCAAACAAUUUGCUAAAAAUCAACAGGAAGUUGUCCACUGGCAUAACAGAGGAGUUGCUGCGCGUGCGUUACAUCUGUCGAGAGGAGUUGAAAAACCAAGUGGAAGGGUCACCUAUAUUGUUGUCCUUGAAGGGUUGUGCAGAUUUAGUGUGCAGGAGCUGAGCACAAGGGGAACAUAUUACACAGCUCGGAUCACUUCAUUAGAUAUGACGAAAGUUGAGAUGGAUCAAGUGGAACAAGAUCCUGAUUUCAUAGCGUUAUCCAGAAAGUUCAAGGUCACAGCCACUGAACUAAUUUCUGUGCUUGAGCAGAAACAAAAAACAGGAGGGAGGACGAAAGUUCUCCUAGAGACAGUUCCCGUACAUAAAUUGGCUGAUAUCUUUGUCGCAAGCUUUGAAAUUAGCUUUGAAGAGCAGCUUUCCAUGUUAGAUGCUGUUGAUGUGAAAGCAAGGCUGUCAAAAGCGACCGAAUUGGUUGAUAGGCAUUUACAGUCAAUUCGUGUAGCUGAGAAGAUUACACAAAAAGUAGAAGGGCAGUUAUCCAAGUCACAGAAAGAGUUUCUCCUCCGUCAGCAGAUGAGGGCUAUAAAGGAGGAACUUGGUGAUAAUGAUGAUGAGGAGGAUGAUGUUGCUGCCCUAGAAAGGAAGAUGCAAGAUGCAGGGAUGCCAACUGAUAUCUGGAAACAUGCUCAGAGAGAAUUAAGGAGACUGAAAAAAAUGCAGCCUCAGCAACCUGGAUAUAACAGCUCUCGUGUAUACCUUGAACUUCUUGCUGACCUGCCCUGGGAAAAAGCCAGUGAAGAAAGGGAGUUGGACUUAAAGGCUGCGAAGGAGCGCCUGGACAUUGACCACUAUGGUCUAGUGAAGGUGAAGCAGCGGAUAAUUGAAUAUCUGGCUGUUCGUAAGCUCAAGCCGGAUGCAAGAGGUCCAGUUUUAUGUUUUGUUGGCCCACCAGGUGUUGGAAAGACUUCUUUAGCUUCGUCCAUUGCUGCUGCUUUGGGGAGAAAAUUUGUCAGGAUAUCCCUAGGUGGUGUAAAAGAUGAGGCGGAUAUUAGAGGGCAUAGGCGGACAUACAUCGGGAGCAUGCCUGGUCGCCUUAUUGAUGGACUGAAGAGAGUAGGUGUUUGCAAUCCAGUUAUGCUACUUGACGAGAUUGAUAAAACAGGUUCUGAUGUUCGGGGUGAUCCGGCAUCUGCGUUGCUUGAGGUCCUUGAUCCUGAGCAGAAUAAAACCUUUAAUGAUCAUUAUCUGAAUGUGCCAUUUGACCUUUCAAAGGUCAUUUUUGUGGCUACUGCAAAUAGAGUGCAGCCUAUUCCACCCCCACUGUUGGACAGGAUGGAAGUCAUUGAGCUGCCAGGAUAUACACCUGAGGAGAAACUCAGAAUAGCGAUGCAACAUUUAAUUCCACGGGUUCUUGAUCAGCAUGGCUUGAGCUCUGAUUUCCUUCAAAUUCCUGAGGGAAUGGUUAAACAUGUAAUUCAAAGAUAUACAAGAGAAGCUGGUGUGCGUAACCUGGAGAGAAACUUGGCUGCUCUGGCUCGUGCUGCAGCAGUAAGAGUUGCUGAACAAGAUAAUGCUGUGCCACUGAGCAAAGAUGUUCAGAGGCUAGCGUCACCGUUAUUAGAGGAAAAUAGACUAGCUGAAGAGGCAGAAGUGGAAAUGGAAGUUAUCCCUAUCAGUGUUAAUAACCAUGAUAUAUCAAAUGCCUUCAAGAUCAGCUCUCACUGCACUGUGGAUGAACCUAUGUUGGAGAAAGUUCUUGGUCCCCCUCGAUAUGAUGAUAAAGAAACUGCUGAGCGUGUUGCAACUCCUGGGGUAGCUGUCGGAUUGGUAUGGACAGCAUUUGGAGGGGAAGUUCAAUUUGUUGAGGCUACUGCAAUGGGAGGGAAGGGUGAUUUGCAUCUCACAGGUCAACUUGGGGAUGUUAUCAAGGAAUCGGCACAAAUAGCAAUGACUUGGGUAAGAGCAAGAGCAACAGAACUUAAUUUAGUUAGUGCUGAAAAGAGCAACCUCCUUGAAGGCCGAGAUAUUCAUGUACAUUUCCCUGCUGGGGCAGUGCCAAAGGAUGGACCGUCAGCUGGUGUGACUCUUGUUACGUCACUGGUUUCGCUCUUCAGUAAGAGAAGAGUUAGAGCAGAUACGGCAAUGACUGGGGAGAUGACUUUAAGGGGCUUAGUGUUACCAGUAGGUGGCAUAAAGGACAAGGUCUUAGCGGCCCAUCGCUAUGGAAUUAAGAGAGUUAUUCUACCAGAGAGAAACUUGAAGGACUUGUUAGAAGUACCAUCAGCAGUGCUCUCCAAUCUGGAGAUAUUAUUUGCAAAGCGAAUGGAGGAUGUCUUGGACCAGGCUUUCGAAGGGGGCUGCCCAUGGCGGCAACAUUCCAAGUUAUGACAGCCCCUUAUGAUACCUGAGAAGCAUGUACGGUUCCUCGUUUCGCUUCUGACCUACCACAACCUUGUAAAAAGUGAUCCCACAUGCUUUUGGUAUUAAGGCAAAGUUGCAAGUAGCAUCAUUUGUUGGUAAAUUGGACAUGGUUGGUGGUGCCUACUGCAGCCAUAUAAUCUCAAGAAUGUUUGUGAGAUUUCUUACCCUCUUUUACGUGUUGAUAUAUGCUAUGAUGAUUGUUUCUGUACUCUCCAUUGGAAGAGAGACAUUACCUGGGGGCCAUUUUCAUCCUUAGAACAAACUAAAAAUUUACAAGAAAUGCAUAUUGAGUAAUUUUAGAGAACAA